CCAUUGCUAUUUAUAAUGUUGAAAAACAAAGUUGUCUAUAUUCACAGUGAAGAAUUAAUAUCACAUUGCAAUAAAUUACCACAAUUACCAAAUAGAGCAUCGAUCGUUCAAGAUUUGAUAAACAGUUACGAACUACUAACCCACGACAACCUAGUGGUUGUUCAAUGCGAAAAAGCAACUGAAGAACAACUAAAGUCUUUCCACUCAACGGAUUACAUAGACUUCCUAAAAUCUUUGAAUUGUGACGACGUCGAGCUUUUCGAAAUCGUCGAAAAACAUGAGGAGUACGGUCUCGGUUACGACUGUCCGCUUGUAGAAAACAUUUACGAUUUUGUGCAAACUGUUGCGGGUAGUUCAGUAGCUGCCGCGCGUUUACUGGCUGCUAAGAAGUGCGAAAUUGUGAUCAAUUGGUUCGGGGGUUGGCACCACGCACAAAGGGCAUCUGCAGAGGGAUUUUGUUAUGUAAAUGAUAUAGUGAUAGCUAUACAGAUUCUUUCAAAAGCUUUUGACAGAAUCCUUUAUUUGGAUUUAGAUAUCCAUCAUGGAAAUGGUGUUGAGAAUGCAUUUCAAUGUAGCAAAAAAAUUUUGACACUUUCUUUCCACAAAUGCAGUCCAGGGUUUUACCCGGGCACAGGUUCUUUGAAUGAAGUCGGAUUAGGCAAGGGUAAAUAUUAUUCCAUCAACGUACCGCUGAAGGAAGGUGUGUCAGAUGAAACCUACCUCGCAGCUUUCAAUGCAAUCUUUCCUAUAGUUUUAGAUAGUUUUAAACCGUCCUUGAUAGUAGUUCAGUGUGGAGCAGACGGUUUAAACGGCGAUCCUAUCGGGCAAUGUAAUUUAACAAUAAAAAGCUUGGGUCGGUGCGUCGACACUGUUUUGAAGUCUCAACUACCCGCACUGUUUCUUGGAGGUGGCGGUUACAAUUUUGCCAACACGGCGCGCCUGUGGACUUACCUAACAGCUCUCAUCAUCGGGAAAGAUAUAGACCCAGAUGUACCUGAUAGGAGCGAGUAUUUCAGUAUUUACGGGCCCACAUUUGAAUUGCAGAUCGAGAAAGGGCAACGGAGAGACUGCAAUGACGAAAAAUACUUGAGCAAUGUCGUUGGUGCGAUCGGAGAUUAUUGCGGUUUCAUAUCGAAGCACAUGUCAUCGAAAUUUCCAAGAAUAGUUAACUCCAAAUUGACCAAACCGCCGUAAAUAUUUCUCAACACGAGUGGUUCGAACAUAAAUAAAAAGUUCUAUUUCUAUGAAAUUCUUUUUUCAUUUCAACGUCAAUCAUCGAUCCCAGUCAAGUACGAGUGUAGCACGUCAGAACUAUUAAAAAAAUUGAGAAAAUAAUACGAGGGUUUUGGUGGUUUUCUUUGUAACACACGAUCUGUAAACAUCCCGGCAAAUUAAACGAAUUAUUUAUGUGUUAAUAAAAAAAAACACAAACAUUUUCCAGGGGUCAAAUAAAAUUUAAAAAAAGUCGCCGGAAGGGAAAACUGAAAAUCAAGUACGCGCAAUCCGGAAAAUAUCGCGAAGCGAUGGAGUUGAUAAAAUGUCUUGUAGGUGGUUAAUGUGAAACGGAAAACAAAGUUGGGCAUCCAAACCGAAGCGAAAAAGAAUAAUAUGCACACCAGAACAACUGCGCCAAACUACGUACUGCUAGUGCACAAGCGUUUUAUUUACGUCAGAAUCACAGACCACUAAAAAUACAUUAAACAAAGGAAGUAUCUUCGAAAAACGGAAAAACCGACACCCCAAUCUCACGAGUAACUUGCUAUAUCUCUCAUUAUCGCACGCACGUCAAUUAGCGUUUGGUUGCUGUUUAGUGGUCUGUGGUUGCAAUCACUAAGGCGGCGAACGGUUAUAUGCUGGGACAUGUGUCUAUUUACAUAACCUCAAAGCUUCGAGGGUAUACAAAGUUCGCCAAUUUGCACGCGCUUUAUUGAUUGUACACAUGAACUGCCAGCUGGAUUACAAAUCGAAAAUAAAUAGCAAUACUCCAGCAACCGUCCGCCGCUGCGGAAAACCCGACAAAAUCCGCCGAGUUUUGGCGAACGGGAGGCAAUAUUCUACAAGCGCACACGCA